AUGCUGGGAAUCUGCAGAGGGCGACGGAAAUUCCUGGCUGCCUCUCUGACUGUUCUUUUUGUGCCAGCUGUGACGUGGAUUUAUCUGUUUGCUGGGAGUUUUGAAGAUGGGAAGCCGGUGUCUCUGUCUCCACUUGAAUCCCAGCCCCACAGUCCUCGGUACACGGCGUCGAGCCAGCGGGAGCGUGAGAGCUUGGAGGUCCGCAUGCGAGAGGUGGAGGAGGAGAACCGCGUGCUUCGCAAGCAGCUCAGCCUGGCACAGAGUCGCAGCCCCGCGCACCACCACGGCAAUCACUCCAAAACCUACUCCAUGGAGGAAGGAACAGGCGACAGCGAGAGCCUGCGGGCUGGCAUUGUGGCAGGGAACAGCUCUGAGUGUGGGCAGCAACCAGCAGUGGAAAAAUGUGAGACCAUCCAUGUUGCCAUUGUUUGUGCAGGGUACAACGCCAGUCGGGAUGUUGUCACACUUGUCAAGUCUGUCUUAUUUCACAGACGAAACCCACUCCACUUUCACCUCAUCGCAGAUUCAAUUGCCAAGCAGAUCCUGGCGACUCUAUUCCAGACUUGGAUGGUUCCUGCUGUGCGCAUAGACUUCUAUGAUGCAGACGAGCUGAAGUCGGAAGUGUCUUGGAUCCCCAACAAGCACUACUCUGGGAUUUAUGGGCUGAUGAAGUUGGUUCUGACUAAGACAUUACCUUCCAAUCUUGAGCGAGUCAUUGUCCUCGACACAGACAUAACAUUUGCCACGGACAUUGCUGAGCUCUGGGCCGUCUUUCACAAGUUCAAAGGGCAGCAGGUUCUUGGCUUGGUGGAGAACCAGAGUGAUUGGUAUUUGGGCAACCUUUGGAAGAAUCAUCGUCCCUGGCCAGCACUUGGGAGGGGCUACAACACAGGGGUUAUCUUGUUGCUUCUCGAUAAGUUAAGGAAGAUGAAAUGGGAGCAGAUGUGGAGACUCACAGCAGAGCGGGAGUUAAUGAGCAUGUUAUCCACUUCACUGGCUGACCAGGAUAUCUUCAAUGCAGUCAUCAAACAAAAUCCAUUCCUUGUCUACCAACUCCCAUGUUUCUGGAAUGUGCAGCUGUCUGAUCACACCCGUUCAGAGCAGUGCUACAGAGAUGUGUCUGACCUGAAGGUGAUUCACUGGAACUCACCAAAGAAGCUGCGAGUGAAAAAUAAGCAUGUGGAGUUUUUCCGCAACCUCUACCUGACAUUCCUGGAAUACGAUGGGAAUUUACUGAGACGGGAACUCUUUGGCUGCCCCAGUGAGACAGAUGUUAACAGUGAAAAUCUCCAGAAGCAGCUGUCUGAGCUGGACGAGGAUGACUUAUGCUACGAAUUUCGUCGAGAGCGUUUCACCGUCCAUCGCACUCAUUUGUACUUUCUACAUUAUGAAUAUGAGCCUGCUUCAGACAAUACUGAUGUAACACUAGUGGCUCAACUUUCAAUGGACAGGCUCCAGAUGCUUGAAGCCAUCUGCAAACACUGGGAAGGUCCAAUCAGCUUGGCUCUCUAUCUUUCUGACGCAGAAGCCCAGCAAUUUCUGCGCUACGCCCAGGGCUCGGAAGUGCUUAUGAGCCGUCACAACGUUGGCUACCAUAUCGUGUACAAGGAGGGCCAGUUCUACCCUGUGAACCUGCUGAGGAACGUGGCCAUGAAGCAUAUCAGCACACCAUACAUGUUUCUCUCCGACAUUGACUUCUUACCCAUGUAUGGACUUUACGAGUACCUCAGGAAGUCUGUCAUCCAGCUAGACCUGGCUAACACCAAGAAAGCUCUGAUCGUACCUGCUUUUGAGACCCUCCGCUACCGCCUCUCCUUCCCCAAGUCAAAAGCAGAGCUGCUAUCUAUGUUGGACAUGGGAACCCUCUUCACAUUCAGGUACCACGUCUGGACGAAAGGGCAUGCGCCAACAAACUUUGCCAAGUGGCGAACAGCCACCACUCCCUACCGCGUUGAGUGGGAAGCAGACUUUGAGCCAUACGUUGUUGUGAGGAAGGACUGCCCGGAGUAUGACAGGCGGUUUGUUGGAUUUGGCUGGAACAAAGUAGCUCACAUCAUGGAACUGGAUGCACAGGAGUACGAGUUCACGGUGCUGCCCAACGCCUACAUGAUCCACAUGCCACAUGCCCCCAGCUUCGACAUCACCAAGUUCCGCUCCAACAAGCAAUACCGCAUCUGUCUGAAGACCCUGAAGGAGGAGUUCCAGCAGGACAUGUCGCGCCACUAUGGCUUCGCAGCCCUCAAAUAUCUCACGGCAGAAAACAACAGCUAG